AUGUCAUCAAAAGGUUUCGUUGGAGAUGUUCGUAUAAAGACUAAAACUGGUGAAACAUAUAUAGCAGCUUCACAACGUGCUGAUGGAACGUGGAGAAAGGCAAGAAGAGUAAAGGACGGUUACAUCCCACAAGAAGAACAACCUAGAUACGAAUCACGCGGUCAGCAAAUGAGCACCAAAACUACAUACCCCGUUGGUUGGUCGCCCACUGAAGUUGUAAUCUCUAAAAAAGCCUACCACUUUCAUCAUGGUGGGCCUUCUAGGUAG